AUGUCUGUAAAUGGAGCUACGCACACGAACGGGGCUUCCCUCACGAACGGGUAUUCACACACUAACGGCAUGGAGAAUCCAUCGGCGGACGAAGGUCUGCAGACGGAUCGAAAUAUGCAGAGCCGGUUAAGGUGCUACUAUGGGUAUUGUGGCCGAACUUUCGCCAAUGGGACGCUCCUACUUACCCAUGAAGCGACGCACAACCAAAGUAACAACACUGCCAUCACGUUUUUUUGUACCUUCGACGGCUGCCCACGUUCUUUCGACGAUGCCAAAAAUUGGAGGAAUCAUGAGGAAAAUGAUCACCCUAGCCGUUUCAAUACCGGGAUCCAUUGGGUGUGUGGGCAGAACACUGCAGCUGUUGGCGAAGGCAGCUUUGUUGUGUGUAACCUGGCAUUUACCCAUCAAGAGCAGAAAGAAUUCGUGACGCACCUGGUACGUUCCCACCAUGGAAGGGUAGCACCAGAAAUCUUGGAAGUGGGAAAGAUCCUUAUGGAGGACUGUUACCCAGGAAAUUAUGAAGGAUUUUGGUGUCCUCGGUGUGCCAAGGCUUUGAAAUUCAGCUCCGAACAGGUAUAUGAAAGACUUCGUCGCAGGGGAGCAGACCAAAAUUCGUUAAGUGUGACUACUAUCUACGGUUUAUGCGAUGAGGAGAUGGAGAGAUAUAGAUUGCCAUGGGGACCAUCGGUUCCACAAUGUCAAAAUUCAGCUAGAUCUCCCUUAGCAUCUCGCCGUACAUUGACUACAAUAUCAGCUGAACCUGAGCCUAGAGAGAGUGGUAUAAACUCGGCGGAAGUCAGUCGUUCUAGCUCUAUAAUAAAAAUUUCAACUCCCAAGGCCUCAAGAGAUAUAAUGUCAGGUCUCAACAAUUUUGAAUUGGUUAAGCAAGGCGUUCUUCAACCUGAACAGGUAUCCGAGCUUCAGGACGUAUUUUCAAGAAAGUAUCACCCAUAUUGCCCGAUCAGUCUGGCACCCUUCUUGAUCCAGCCGGGCUUGAAGCAGCUGCAGAAACGUGACUACUUCCUACUGGCAGUCUCAUUGACGGUUGCGUCGAGAGACUCGCCAGAGCACGGAAUCAUUCAGCAUUAUUGUUGGAACCACGUGCGGAGCCUACUCCUCCAAGUGCUUCUGUCUUAUUUCUGGACUCAGACCCCGCGAACAGUCGAAGGCCUGCUACUCUUAUCUGAGUGGUUGCCUGACAUCGAAAAAAAAGGCUCCACCUCGGAGUUCCAGAAGGAUCAUUUCAGUGGAGGAAGAACAACUUGGUCCAUCGUUGGCCUGGCCGUACGCUGGGGCUACUCCUUGAGACUAGACCGUGCCGCAUUCCGGGGGCCUGCUUCGGGAUACUCCGUGGACGAAAGACAGGAGCAGAAUCGUCUCAUUUGGAUGUUCCUUUCUUCUAAGCUCACGGCCAAGGACUUCCCGACUCUAAAGCCUGAAGCUGGAUCGAGUACCGACGGCUACGCAUCAGUUCUACAUGCGCACUUGGAUCUGAUGCAGACUCUCCACAACGCCCACUCGAUACUAUAUUCAGCUACUGAGAAGACGCAAUCGACGAUUCAGCAGGGUGACUACCCGCGCUACUUGGGCGAUCUCAUGGAGGCAGCAAUGGCAUGGAGUGUAAAUCGGGAAGAUUUCCAAGUGUCUCCGAAGAUGAAGUCUACGCUCCGUCUUUCGCAUGAAUAUCACUGCUUGUACAUCAAUACAUUCUCAUUUCAUGCUGUAGUGACCCGAGAGGCUCAACCCCAAGGAUACAUGAACUACCUUUUCAACUCCAUGUGGCCUGAGUUGGUUAACUCAGAGCAUCACGGGGACUCUCAUGACUUCGAAGGGGAGCUACUGUGUUUCGAUUUGGAUCCCUCAAGUGGGUUCGAAUCCCUGUAG